GAUAAAAAUGUUGAAGAAAUACAGCUUAGUUUUCUUCGUCCUGGUGCUCCUGUGGGGCACCUUGCAAGUGGCAGUUAUUAACUGGAAUAUCGUGGCUAUUGGGCGACUUCUUCUGAUUAAACUACUUCCUAUGUGGAACUGGACGCAUUUGCAUUACACGAAAUGCUUGCUUGAAUAUCCGGUAGAGACUCUGGCGCCCAAAACAAGCAAGCAUGAUUUGAGUGAGAAAAUUGAUUGCUCCGUUUGUGAAAAUAUAGAUACAAUUUACACGUCCUGGGAAAUGGAUUAUACUCACCUUAGUGAGGAGUUUCUAGAGCGAGGACUCCCGGUGUUGCUGAUAAACUCCCACACUGUCUGGCCUGAAGACAAUUUCACGGAUCAUUUGCUCACACUGGUGCCUCUAAUGGCAUCAACACCCUGCGAAAUGAGCUCCAAUUUGAUUGUGCAUCGUCUGGCCAAUCUGCAAGAGCUUGUUGAGCGUGUUCAGAGAGCGGAAGGAAAGUCGUGGUUCUUUCACAUUCGCAAUUGCGAUUUAAACGCUGUUAAAGCGUCGCGUCUUAUCGCCUCGCGACCAUCUUUCUUCCCACCCCAUCUGGAGCCCGCGUAUUCUUCAUGGAUCCUGAUGUCGCGUCAGUACGACCAUCCAGCGCCAAAGGAAAUCACUUUGGAGGGAAUCAUACUUGUGCGACAAUUGCAAGGACGUGGUUUGUUUCGUAUCAGUGGCAGAAGCGCAUGCCUGGAGGAGUGUGGACAGUAUACAGUUGAGCUGAAGAGUGGCGAGGCGUUACUCUUCACCACAGAUCUCUGGGAACUGUCUUACUUUCCCAGUGAUUCAGUGAAGAAGUCCGUGACUUUUAUCACGGAGACACACUUCGAGGUAUGAACAUUUUGUUUUCAAACUGAAUAGAGUAAAAUGAGCUCAAUAAAUAAUAGGAGUGAUUAAAAUGAGUUACUUAAAUUCGCGUUAUAAGUGUAUUGACAGUGUGAUUUGUGACAAAAAUUUAAACUAAUAAUUCAUUUGAUUUAUGUACAUUUUUGUAUAACAAAAUUAAAAACAGUGACUAAUAGUGAUAUCUUUUAAAUACGUUUAUUUGUUAGCUUAAAAGUGAGACAGUCCAUCUCUUUGCGCAUUUCUCAUUAAAACAAAAUACAUGAAUGAAAUUAUUGCUUCAAAUUUUUAAAAAUUGUAUAUGAGUAAGGAAAACCUUGUAAAAAAUAAAGUAUUGUAACAAUGUCGAAAAUGAUUGG